UGUAAACAUUGUGAAGUCAUGGCUUGAAAUAAGCUGUGACCCAAUUACAAGUACAGGACAAAAAAAAGGUGGCAUGUGGUUAAGGAUUCUGCAACGAUACAACUUGAGGGGAUCAUACCGAGAAAGGAGUGUGAGGUCUCUACAGAGCCGUUGGGACAUUAUCAAGGCUGAAGUGGGGAAGUUCUCAUCCUUCUAUGCUGAUGUCAUUCGAGAGAAUCCUAGCGGGAUGUUGGAUGCCGAUAAGACCACUCAUGCAGCAGCUAAUUUUGCUGGUAUCCUCAAACACAACUUUGCGUACCUGCAUUAUUGGGAGAUCAUGAAGGAUGAGCCCAAAUGGCAGGAUCCAAAGCCCAGAGCCUUUGCAAAGUCAGCUGGAGGUGAUGGUUUUGGAGAGGACACCAUCAACCUUGGAGAUGACAAUUCUAGCCCUACUGGAUCAGCUGAGAAGAGGCCUAUGGGCAGGGAUUCAGCUAAAGCAGCCAAGAAGAAAGCAAAUUCUUCUAUGGGUUCAGCAUCAUUUUCGGAGUAUGCUUCGAGGAUGCAAGAUCUAUAUUUGCAAAAGAUUUCUAUCCUGCAAGAAGAAUCUGUGCGUAAAAAUGAUCGUUUCCAGCAGCUUGCCUUUAUAGAUGAGAAGCGCUUUGAGGAAAUGCGAAGCCACAAUCAAUCACUGUUACUCAUUAAGCAAGAAAAGAUUCGGAUCAUGCGUGAGAAGCAUGACAUGGACAAGGAAGAGAAGGAGAAGCGAGAGGAUGAAAUAUCCUUGGGAUUGAUCUUGAUGGUUGCACAUCAGCUCAGCGAUUAUAUUACGAAGCUCUUCAGGAAGAAAUUUUCGAAAAGAUUGCAGCUAGGCGCAGGAAGAGACAGGGCCCCUGAACCAUGGAUGGGAGAGGAAACCUUUUUUUUUUCAGCCAAUGUAACUUUAGUUGAGUGUGUAAUUCUGUUAUUUGUUGAGUGUGUAGUUCGGACAUUAUUUGAGUGUGGCACUGACCGCCGCUCCUUCUGCCUGGUCGCACUUUUCUCCGGCUAUCGGGACAGCGGAGUGACCGCCUAUGUUUACUCUUCAGACUCUGGUGUUUGGGUCCAUUCACUCAUGGAUCUUGCUCCUCCAGCUCGUAUUUCAGUCAUUCGUCAUCCGAGCUCCCUAGUUGGCAAUGCUAUUUACUGGUUGCUUAGUGGUGGCGAGAUCAUUCAGUUCGAUCUGGAGAGACAGAGCCUUGCCUUCAUCGAGCAGCCACCCCAUGAGGUUGUGGAAAGGCACAGCCGUAUGAUCCCCAGUUUCUGCCGUUGGAUCAUUCCGGCAGGGGAUGGCCGCGUGGGUCUUGCCGUUUUAUCUGAACGUAGCAUCCAAUUCUGGGAAAGGGAUGCAGAGCUCAGCGUGCUGCGGCAUGGGAGUUGUGCAAAACUGUUCAACUGGAAAGGGUUCUUCCACAAGAGCUGA